AUGUCUGACGACCAGCCUGAGAAAUCUUGUGGCCAAUGUUGCAAACAAGUUGACGCCCUUCAAUUAGGUCCAAGGAAAAGACCAAGCGUGACUGACCCAUUGGUACACUAUGGGCGUCAUUUUGGACGAACUGUUCAUGCUCUUUGCAACUUCCAAGCCCUUCUGACAAACGGCAUCUUACGGAUGGGAGAACUGGUCGAUGCGCCAGAAGAAAACUUUACCGCCGAGGAAAGGUGCGAGCAUCGUGUUUUUCAAGAGCUCCUGAAGUCUGUUGCAGGACUGGAAGAACGCUUGAUGCAGGACAGAGGUGACGAAGUUGACAUCAUUGCAGAGCUGCUCACCAAAGGCGCAUCUGGUGCCAGGGGCGAUGAUACAAAAAGCCUCAAAGGUAGUGUACUCGACUGGAUCACCCCAAAGGGACAGAAUCUUGUUCCUCCUCUUGCUCGCAAUGUGAAAAUUGACCGCGGCUUUCAUCAUGAACGGACAGGUGCUUUGCUAUGUCCUGCCGGUAUCGACUGGUCAAACUCAGAAACAAAAGCUAAGCUACGAAGUGGCGAGAUCAUUGUGACUGGAGACCAGUGGCCACUGUUCUUGUAUGCCGAUUAUCGUUACGAUCCUGAAGAUCCGUGGAACGGUUUGUUUCAAAGCGCCUUACUGGCCUACAAACACGUCUUUACGUCCCCCAGUUCUGUAGACAGAGAACCAAAGGCAACUCGUUCAGGUAAUGCCCGGAUUCACGAGAUGACCCAAGUUACUUUGCCCUCGGUUGCAUACAUUGCAACGCAGGUCCGAUUUGCCCUCACGUCAUCACCUGUGUUUUCACGCACUGACACGGUCACUGACUCUGAAAGGUUCUACAACUCCAUUUUGGACGUUUUCAAAGACCCAGACGAGAAACAAGAAGUGGAUAACCUUAUCGUAUGGUGGAACAGGCAGGUCUUCCCUUCAUUCUCGACUGCUCAACGACCCCUUGCCAAGAAUAGUGCGCUAGCGAGGAUUCGAGAGAAGCGAGCACAGAUGAAAGAAUUAGUUUUAGUCCCUAAUAGUGGUAACGGCGGUGUGUAG